UUGGGACGUCACCACCAAAAGUCCGACAGUCCCACAGAGACGGCGAGCAGUAGCAGCAGCAGCGGUUUCUCUUCCAGGGACAGCAGAGACCAACAUCGGCAGGAUACGGAUAAGUCGCAAACCAGCGCCAUUGCCAAGCGGGAUACCUUCGCAUCGCAGCAGCAGCAGCAGGCGGCCCUCUCGCAGGAGACUGUAGUGAAUCGCUCCAGACUGGCCAUUGAGGCUGCAGCGAGGCGCUAUGGGGCGUCAGACUAUGCGACGCGUGGGCUACUACACGAUACCCUCGCUGGAUGAUCCCAAGUCCUACCUGGCCGAGGAUGGAUCCUGUGUGGUGCCCAAUUUCACCAUUGGACGCGAGGGCUAUGGCACUGUGUUCUUUGCCAUGGAAAUGGACGUGGCUGGACUGAAUCUGGAUGAGAUUGUUUACUUCCGUAACAAGGGGAUCAUCAUUUAUCCUGACGAUGAGAAGAGGCCGCCUAUCAACCAAGGCCUGAAUCGUGAGGCACAAGUCACCCUCGAGCAGGUAUGGCCCGUGGACAAGACCCAGACCCAGCCUGUGCCUGUUGUGAAGGAUGCGCAGCGUCUGAUCGAAAUGAAUUGGGAGGGACAUCUGCGUUGCGCCUGCUAUGCAAACGAUACGCGCUUCGUAGCACUUCUCCAAGUACGGCCUGGACGAGGACGAUAA